UAUUUUUUUAUACUCGUUUACUUUGCCGUUAAAAUAAAUGAAUUGCUUAUUUAUGAAGCUUCUGUUGAUGUUCCUAACGAUAUAAAUAACUUUGAUAAUUAGCAAUGUUUACAUUCUAUGAGCCAAACUGAUGACUGUUUCAUAGGUUAUGUUAUUAUUUCGUACUGCCAACAUUAUAUACUAUUAUUAUCACAUAUUCGUCAAGUUUCCUAACUUUUAUAAUGUCAACAUUGUUCAGUUUCGGCUUGAGGAAAUGAAAUAAAACAGUUCCGAAAACAUUUGUAGCGUUACCAUUGAUAUCCAUCAGGACACCUCGUCUAAUAGGUGACGUCGGACAACUCCGAACAUGGGCAGAAAAUGCAGCGUGGAGAGUUGUUUUUCAGAUUCCGGCAGAUCGGAGGAUGCUGGCGUAACGUUUCACAAGGUUCCCAUCCAUUCGGACAUACGGCCGAAGUGGUUCUCCCUGUGCCGCAUCUCCAAUGACAAGAAAAACGUGAAAGUCAUCUACGUGUGCUCGCGACACUUCCUGCGCGCCGACUUUUGCAAUUUCAAAGGGAAAAAGUACAUGCUACGACAAGGUGUAUUGCCUAGUGUUUUCCCUUGGGAUAAAUCUAAAUUGGAAGCGAUUAAGGUUAAAAUAGAGAAACCAGACGGUCAAGUGGAAUCCGCAAAGGAACCAAUAAAGACAGGCGACCAGAUUAAGCUGGAACCAGCUGAAAAAAUUAAUUUUGAGCCGACUGAAAUUAAAAAUGAGCCUGAGUCUUCGGAUGAAUCGCCCAUGCACGCUUCAGAGCCCAUGGAGGUCGAUACUACUACUAAUGAGGACCAGACUGAUGAAAAUAAAUUAAUCCCAGACAAUGAAAUUAAAGUUGAGGACAAAAGUGCUGAGGAAAAGAAGGAAGAUGAGAAAGUCAAAUGCACUUCAGCCUCAGGAAUAAACUUUUCUAUAGACUCUAAGCUGGAAGCUCUAGAUUUUAAUAAUAUUUGGUACCCAGCACGUAUAGUUGAAGUCGACUAUGAAGAAAAUGAAGUGUUGAUUCAUUUUGAGAAGUUCUCAAGCAAGUUUGAUGAAUGGAUUUGUAUGGACAGCCCCAGAUUGAGACCCCUUCAACCACCAGGUAAAAAAACUGUAGCAGAAGAGUUUGCAGUUGGAGAACGGUGUUCUGCAGCUUGGAGUGAUAGCAGAAAAUUUCCUGCUACAGUCACAAAAAUUGUUGGAAAUGAUGUGUAUGAGGUGUUGUUUGAUGAUGGGUAUAUGAAAACAUUAAAAGGCCACAGAAUGACCAAAGCUCAAGGCAAAGCAAUACAAUCAUCACCUCUUUUCGAUCCCAUUCAAAGUUCUAAGCAGGAUCGAAGAGACAAAAAGAGGAAGCUAAAUGUGGCUGCUCUUUUCAAUAAGAGAGUAAAGGUUUCAAAUUCCAAUACUGACAGAGCUAAGCCAUGCACCAUAGUUUCAGCUGCACCUGCAGUACCUGAAGAAGAGACCUUUUGGGUACCUACUUGGGAAAAUGGACGACCAGUUGGUGUAGACGCAAUGAUUGAAACACAUGAUGGACAACGCAGUUCAGUUAUAGUAGCAGAUCCCAAACUGCCUGAAGGAUGGGUGAAGCACUUGGUGCAGAGGAUUCACGGCACGUCCGCAGGAAAAUGGGACACUAUAAUUGUUGGUCCUGAUGGCAAACGAUUUCGCACUAAAUCUGAAAUAAAAACAUAUUUAGAGAAUCAUCCCGAGUAUGAGCUGCAUGAAACUAUGUUCGAUUUUAGUCUGCACAGACAGAGACAGAGGAAAUCGAUUCCCGCUGAGAAAAAACCGCCUGUCCUUCCUCCUGUUCCUGAGGUAGAGGACCAAACUUCCCAAGAAUCUCAGAGUGAAGACACUGGUAAAGGAGAUAACUCCAAUGCUUUAAAGAUAAUAUUUGUAAACGAUGCUUACAAAUGCCCAAUUGAAGGAUGUGGAAAGAACUUCCGCAAGGAAAACCUGGCCCAGAUGCACGUAAAACACUACCACAAAGAAUAUACGAAAUAUCUAGACUCAACUCCCAACGUUGCCGACCUGGCCUACGCCCGAACGGUGGGCGAGAACUUGGAGAAGUCCCCCGGUCCGACGAAACCGCCGCCGUCCAGAGCCGCAACGAAAUCAGUCACGCCGAAGGUGGCCAAAUUGCCUCAGUCUCCGACCGUAGAACCGGAAAUCAAAUGCGAAUCUCCCUUGCCCAAGGCCAAAGAUGCGGAAAUCAUAAAACUAUUGGCCAGCAAUCCGUUCGACAAGAAGGAACCUGAGUCAAUUCAGCCGUUACCUUCCGGAUUACCGGCCAACAUGUAUCCGGACGUAAAGCUACGCGAUCUGUUAAGUGAUUCGGAAGCGAUGCCCAAACGUGACGAUCUGAAUUUGAAAUCUCUCUGUUCUGCAAGGCCUCCUGUUGGCAUAAAAACAUUACUUCCAGUACGGCCGGCAAGUGAUAAUAAGGUCGAUGAUGCUGGAAAGAAAUUGCUUAAACGAAAACAGGGAAUCUCGGAGAACAGGGAGAUCGUCAAAGGUAAUCCUCAAAUUCCUCCACCUGACACCGCCUCACUAUCCACACCUCAACAUCCCACUCAACAAAUAUUAACACCUAACCCAGUUCAACCCCCUAACAAUAUUAUUAUUGAAGGUGGUGAAGUCAUUAAGAUAGUUAGAAUGAAACAGGAAGAAAUCAUUAAUUGCACUUGUGGAAUUACUGAAGAAGACGGACUGAUGAUACAGUGCGAGCUGUGUCUGUGUUGGCAACACGCCUACUGCAACAAUAUCGAAAAAGAAAGUCAAGUGCCUGAAAAAUAUAUCUGUUAUAUUUGCCAAAAUCCCUUAAGGGAGCGGGCUUCGAAAAAGUACUUCCACGACCAAGACUGGCUCAAGCAUGGAGUUCUACCAACUGGCAGCUAUCACAGCAAAGACGAGGAAGAACUCAAAACCAGGUUUUCAAAACUGAAACAACUACAUGACGUUUCAGGAGCCAUAGUUGAGUUGAAAGAGUUUCUAAACAGCACCAGCAUUAAAUUAAAAAUCGCUGAAGCUAAAAACCACCCAAAAUUAUACCUAUGGUCAAAACCAUGGGAGAAACAACCUUUACCAGAAAAGUUGGACGUCAAACAAGAACUCAAGGAAGAAACUACGGUUCAACCAGAAAACGACGAUCACCAGUAUGUUAAAAACGAAACUGAAGUCGACAAAACUGAUGCUCAAAACGACCGAAAUGACUCCAUGCUUAUGAUGAUUUUAAAGGCUGGCAAGGACUUAUCCAACAUGAACUCAUUGAUGGAUAACAACGCCCCAAUUAUACCAAAAGCUGAAGCCACCGUGGAUUCGAUGGACUGCAAGUUGAACCUUCUAGAUCACAUUGCCCACAUUGAAUCGCUGACUGAAGAACGGAUAGAUGAGUUGGAAAAAAUUGUUGAUACAUUGGAAGCUGGAAUGGAAUUAGAAGAUGAUCCGGAUAAUGUUAAGACUAAGCAGACGCUUCAGCUGCUUAUAAGGGAUCUCGGUACGCUGAAGGAAUUUAGCCAGCUCAGCACCAUUUAAUUUGCCAUCAAAAAAUGUUAUACGUUAUUUGGCUUUACUAGUCAGAAAUUAUUAUUAUAUAAAAAUGAUAUUUUUUAUAGAUAUUUAACAAUAAAAUAUAAAUUAGAAGUAUAA